AUUAAAGAUAUGUCGGACAUAUAUAUAUGCUAUCGCACGUAUAUGCUAUCGCAAACCCGUGCACGGGUGGUUGCUACCAGAGUGAGAGUGCCAUAUAUAUAGAGAGAAGGGGAAACUUGACUCGGCACUCCAAAGUACACAGCCUCCGCGAUUACAGUGGUGUGCUCCUUCUUCGGUUUCUUCUAUUUUGUUGUCGUCUAAUAUCCAUUUCUCGCGCCAGUGGUAACAAUCGGCCACAAAUAAGUGGUUUUUUCUUUCUCGCACGUCGCAGUCGUCAAAAGAGAGCACGACAUCCGCAGAACCAAUUUCUACGACAAGCUGUGUGUGUCAGCAUCAUGAAACUUACGUUGUUCACAAUAUUCGCUCUCUGUGUAAUAGCUGUCAGAUCAGCCGAGGAAGAGGAAUAUGAUUACGAAGAAGAAGUAGCAGCACCGGUGACACCGGCACCGACGAAACGAACAAGUGGGCUAGGAAGUCUUUUAUCUUCGAGAGGACGCGCCAAUGUUCCACCUGUAGCAGGGAAAAAAAGAGUAUCACCAACUCAAUCAACGACAUCGAAACCGAUAGAACAAGUACCCGAGGAAGAUGACGUGGAAGGUGACGAUGAGUUUGAAAACAGUCAGGAUCAUGAAGCUCCUACAACAACAACUGAAUCUGCGAAGAAACUUCGUAAUGGUGGCGUUAGGCCCUUUAGGUCAAAUGAAGAUCUCUUGGCCGCUCUGAAGAGAAGAAGAGCGCAGACCGGACCUAGUAGUCAUCCACGAGAAACUGCUAGUACGCCUUCUGCAGUAGAACAUACAACAGCCAAGACAAAAGCUACCACAAACAAUCGUAACAAAGCUAGCAUAGGAAGCGAAACAAGAACAUCAGGACGCAGUAGAUUCGGAGGAAAAGGAAGUAAGGCUACACAGGAGGAGGUCGAAGAGACUCAGCAAGAAGAGGUCCAAGUGAAACCUAAAGCUUAUCGCAGGGGUUAAAUCGCCAUGUGAUAAAACUUGUUGAUUUCUUAGAAAACACAUUAAUCAAAUUUUGACGACUUAGGAAAACACCAUGUGCUCACAAACUCUGUGUCGUCUUCUAUAUUGCAAAGUUCAAGACCUUUGUAAAACGAUCUCGUCGAUGAAUCUCUCGCAGCAAAUGUGCUGUUGCUGUUUCGGAGAAAAGGUUUAAUUUUUGCGCACUCGAAUUUUUUCGACAACAUAAUUAAUUGCUAUAUAUAUAAAGAUUUUAAUAUAUUUUGGACACACACGAAUAUAAAGAUAUUACGUCUUUCUCGAAGAAUGAUAGGCUUUGUUCGUGUUUCACCAUACAAUGUAAAAAUAUGAGAGAUCAAGAAGAAAAUUGAAAAGUCAGCAUAUCGAUUAUUAUAAUAGGCGUUAAUCAGAAAGAACAAAGUCUUUCUCUUCAUUGUUAAGUAAUGUAUAUGUAUAUAUAUAGCAAAAUAUUGCCAUCCCUCAAGUACUUAAAUCAUCUAUUAUAUAAAUGUAAAUUAAUAUGACAAUAAAGUG